AUUUUUUAUUGACUGAAUCAAAUAUUACUCCUUGAAGAAUAUUCAACCCUCGAAGCUUAUAAAUUGGCAAGAAGGAUAGAACAAUUUUCAUAUCCUACAAACAAACUACAAUUCAAAAAAGAGAUAUAAAUGGCUAUUACCCGUGUUGCUCUCUGCCUUAGUUUUGCAUUCCUCUUCUAUGUGGUUGGAGGAGCUACGGUGACAUUCACGAAUAGAUGCAGAUACACAGUAUGGCCAGGAACCCUAACCGGAGACCAAAAGCCUCAACUAUCAAGCACAGGUUUUGUGUUGGCACCCGGAGCAACCAACUCGAUUAACCUUCCUUCUCCAUGGUCAGGUCGAUUUUGGGCACGAACUGGAUGUUCAAACAACAAUGGUAGGGUUAGUUGUGCUACAGCCGAUUGUGCUUCUGGUCAAGUGGAGUGCAAAGGUGCUGGCGCCAUUCCACCGGCAACAUUGGUAGAAAUAACGGUAGCAUCAAAUGGAGGACAAGAUUUCUAUGAUGUCAGCAACGUUGAUGGGUUCAACGUGCCAAUGUCUGUAACUCCACAAGGUGGGAGUGGAGCUUGCAAAUCCUCUAGUUGUCCAAGGAAUAUCAACACCGUGUGUCCGAGUGAACUUCAAUUGAAAGGUUCUGAUGGGAGCGUUAUUGCUUGUAAGAGUGCUUGCUUGGCUUUUAAUACAGAUCAAUAUUGUUGCCGUGGAAGAUACAAUACCGCGGCGACAUGCCCACCCACAAAUUACUCUAAGAUUUUUAAGAACCAAUGCCCUGAUGCUUACAGCUAUGCUUAUGAUGACAAGAGCAGCACUUUCACUUGCUCUGGUAGACCUAGCUAUGCCAUCACCUUCUGUCCUUAAUUGAAAUUCUACCUUCUAAAAAACAGUUAUGCUCUGUUUAAAUAACCUUAAAUAUGAAUAAAAUAUCAUGUAUUUUCAAUUAUUGAAUUGGUGAUAAUGACAUAUCCUAUAUACAAAUUUGAUGAUUGUUUAA